CAAUUAUAGAUUUUUUAGGUUUAGGUGUUGACAGUAGCUCUUACCUCAGCCUUUUUCUCCCUCCUUGUCAUGCAGCCCACAGGGGAGAUGGUCCGGCCAGUGUGGGGGCUAAUGAAUAAAUGCUACACUGUGCCCACUCAGGUGGGUAAGGGCUGGCACUCCUCUUCCCCUGGAGUGGGGCGGCUGUGCUGGCACCCUUCGCAGACACACUAAGGGGAACUGCACCUGGAGAGGAUGGGCCAGUCGGGGAAAGACUGCUCGUCACUCAUAGCUGUGUGUCACCCCUCCCACCUCCUUGUGUGGAGACACAAAGUCAAGAGUAGGAAGAAGCCAACCUCUGAGGUCACAACCCCCAGGAGACCUGGAGAACUGAAUGCUGCUGCCCCCAAGGAGGAGGCUGCUGUCUUAUCCCAGGAGGGAGAGCAGGUGAAGUCCCCAGGGGAGGAAGCACCUAGCCCCAUUCCUGCUGAGCAGGAGGUGGCAGGUACCCCAGACUGGGAGGAAAAUAAAAAGGUUCAAAAGGAAGUUGCUGCGUAUCCAUCUGAGGCCUCUGAGGACAGCAAAGAGCAAAGGCCCUGGGAGCGGGUCUCCGUACCCAUGACAGAGCUCUGGCUGGACUGGUUCUCAGCCUCUAACACCCCCAACACUCAGAACCGUGAAGAAAAACUUUCCAAUAAAUCCAAGAGUUGCUGCUGCCAUAGGCCAGGCUGCCGCCUUUCGGGACCUCCGUCUUCAGAGAAACCCAGCCUGGCUUCAUCCACACUCCCUGUCCCCACAGCUGCAGGAACAGCACUUCCUGCCACCGAGCCGUGUGACCACAGUGGAUUGUCUCCGGAGGGGCCCAAGGGGGCCCUGGCCACCCUUCUGACUCGGUGCCAGGGGACAGACCAACGUCCCUCUCGUGCUGACAGCCGGGCCGCACCCUGGCGUGAGGGCAUUUACAGAAAUGCUGGCGGAACUGCUGCCAGGGAGGCUGUAGGGUCCUCUGGCAAAAGAGGCCUCAGGUGGCUCCUCAGAGCGUCUGUGGUUCUCUAUCCCAGGCUGUUCCCUAAGAAGGUCUGCCCAGGACUCAGGCCCUUCUUAUAGUGGGGUCUCCUGGAAUGGCCUUUCCCAAACCCUUCUAUGCAAAUCCUGCUCUUCGGAGGCCCCAGUGCAGCCCCAGCACCUCUCAGGAGCUCGCCCUGCAAAGACCCCUCGGUCUCUCGCUCCGCACCUCGCGCAGGAAGCCCGUCUCCUCCUUCAAUCCCUCCUGAGCUAGGUCCAGCAGCCUGAGGAAGCGAGGGUCGUCGUACUCGAAGCGGCGCCCACAGGUGAGGGAGGCGAUCACGUUGCUCACGGCUUUGUCCAGGAGGUUGUUGGGGCGAAAGGGGCGUCCUGGGGGCGGGAGAUGCGGGUCAGGGGUCGCCUUCCCGGUCCUCCACCUUCCCAGUUCCCGCUUUGUGCCCCUCUGCCCAUCACCCACCGGAGUGGUCAGCGAAGGCGGCACAGAGGCAGGCGGCCUCCUCGGUCACCCACUGCUCCAGCGACUUCUUGCCCAGGCCCAAGUUGCGCAAGGUGGACACGGAGAAGCGCCUCUGCUCGCGCCACGCGGGCCCAUAGUGCGCCAGGAACACCCCUGGGGGUGGGACAGGCACGUGCACGUGGCCAUGAAGUCAUUGGCCCCACCCUCCACCACCCACUCCAACCCUAUGCUCCUCCUGGUCUCCCGCAGUCCCUAGCCCUGUCCAGCUGGGCACAGGGCCCACUUUUUGUGCACCCACCUUGCUCCCCUGGCUGGGGCAGGGCUUUGCCCCACCUCGUCUCUGCCCACCCUGACCGCCUUUCCACUCAGGGAAGAUCCUGCGUGCCCCGCGCUACCCACACUGAGCCUACAGCACAGGUGCGGUCCCCGCCCCCCACUUCGACGCCCGAUUCCAGCUGGGAAAUGCGCCAGCCUCUCCCACUGGACUCCUGGCAGGUCUUGGCAGCGGCCCCGCCCUCGUCCCCAGGCUCCCACCUCCCCAGUGCAGGUGGUUUCCUGGCCCGCUGUCCCCACUCGCUGGCUUUUCUGUUUCACGUCCACGACCCCACGCCCUCUCCGCCCAGCUCGGACUACGGUCACCGCCCACUCGGGUCCCACGGAAAUCUGCCUCUGUCCCCACCGCCGCUUGCCUUGGGAACGUGGCCCGAAACCCAGGAUCUGGGUGAUGGGUGCAGGCGGGCGGUCGGCGGUGUCCUCACCGCGGGUCACCAGCGCCUCGCGCACGGCCGCCAGCCCAUUGAGCACGACCACCGGCGUCCAGGCCAGCUGCAGGCUGAACACGUCCCCGAAGCGGCGCCGCAACUGCAGAGGGAGGGUCAGGGCCUCUGUCAAGCCAGGGUCCCCCCAGACUACAGGCCCUAGUCCUAUUUGAACGUUGGACGACCCCCGGGGCUACCAGGAGUGAGCAGGUGGGAGGGGGAGACCCGGUCUCCUGAUCCUGGGGCGAGGGUAGGAGGUCACACCUUCUAGGAUGGAGGAACUCAGUUUGGAUGCGUCACCCAGGUAUGACCUUGCAAGAGUCACCAAAACUGCUGAUAGGCCCCAGUUAGCAUCCCAUUUUACAGAUGGUGGUCCAUGCCGGUGAGCAGUGAGGCCCGAGGACCCACAGUGCACAAGGUUUGAACCGGGUCACUGCACUCCCUUCAUCCUUGAUUUCCUGAUUUAAACGACACUCAGGACCCUGACUCGUCUUCCAUUCCCAAGGCCUUUCCUUCUGGUGUCAGCAGAGGGGACUUUGUGCUCCAUAACAUGUUGCCCAAUGGGCUGGCAUGCCCACUGCCAAGUCCAGCUCCACCUCCAGGCCCUUGCCCUACUCUUCCUUGGCCUUUGGAAAAUCCAGUCCUUCAUGCCAUGUAUAAAUGCCCUCCCCCAGGAAGUCCCCCAAACCUGCUUCCCCUUCUCAGCCUGGCUUCUGGUCCAGACUGUGGUUUCACCCACCACCCAUGUUUGCUGGUGGUGGGGGAUCCUCAGGACCUCUGCCGCCCUCCAGGACCUCCUCCCUCACCUGGUCAAAGCAGUAUGGUGUGUUCUGGAAGUCCACAUGCAGCAGGUUGCCCAGCCCGGGCAGUGGCAGGGGGCCCGGUGGGUAGCGUGCAGUCCAGCGUUGGCGCCGGUGCAUCAGGUCCACCAGGAGCAGGAAGAUGGCCACUGUCACGGCCAGGGGCACCAGUGCUUCUAGCCCCAUAGCUGCCUCACUACCGACUGGGCUCCUUUGGACACACCUGGCACCCCCACCCCACCAGACAGAGGACCAGGCAGGACACACUCAGCACACCGAGCACGUGACCGUUCCCUUAUAAAGGGAGCUGAUGAUGGCCUUUGCCCUCUGCUGUGAGCCAACCUACUGUGUUGCCAGUGGGUGCAGGGUCAGGCCAGAGCGGGUAUGGGCUGCUCCAGAGGUCCUUGCCCCUGCUUCCUGCUCCAGGCCCUUACCCAGGGUAGGCCAGUGGAGGGGCCUGGUUGGAGAAGUCACACCCUCUCCCCACUCCAAGCUCCCGAAGCCUGCAAAGGCUUCUGGGAUAACCAGGGUUUCAGUGGACCUGGCCAUCCACCUCCCAGCUAGGCUCACACGCCCUAAUGUAGUCACAACCCCUCCUCCAGAACAUGGCCUUGCUCAUUCCUUACCCCCACCUACCCAUUCCAGAGUGACCUUCAACACCCUUAUCUGUCACUGGCAUUUACCUGGGGCCUUAGGGAGCUCCUGAUGACGAGAGGCGUCAUGGGCCUGGUCCCUUCACUUCACACUGCACUCUCGACAUGCACAGAUGCUAUGCACACACCUGAUGGUGCACAGACCUCUUGUCCACUCCCAGACACUUGUCCACUUGUUCACACUUGCAGGGACACGAUCACACACCCACAAAAUCACCCACACAAAGACAAUAUUCACAUGUACACAGACUCACACUGAACUCGGCACACAUUCUCUCUCACACACACAUACAGACCCAGCACCAAGUACCGUGCUUCCCAGCCACGCCUGAGAUUUCCUGGAUGGGACCUCUCCUGUCUAGAGGCUGCUCCCAGCCCAGCCCACAUUCCUGGGCUCCGGCUGGGCCAUGGCUUCUUGUUUGCAACAGGGCUGUUCCCAGAGCUCCCAGUUGGUAGCCUGAAGGCCCUUGCCCCAGCCUGUGACAACAUCCUCCAGGGCUGCCUGAGGGUCGCUGUCCUCCACUGCUUUCUGGCCUCCAUGUUUCUGAUUAGAAAUCUGGUGGGAACGUUAUGGAAGAUCCUUUGUUCAGGAUAUGUUGCUUUUUUUUUUCUUUAGACAGGGUCUCACUCUGUUGCCCAGGCUGGAGUGUAGUGGCAGGAUCAUGGCUCACUGCAGUCUCGACAUCAAGUGGACCCCCUGCCUCUCAAGUAGCUGGGACUACAGGCACCACCCAGCCCAAUUUUUUUUUUUUUUUUUUUGGGAGCCGGAGAUUUGCUCUUGUUGCCCAGGCUGGCGGCUCCCCUCCAUUGUGCAAUGAUGCAACCUCUGCUCACUACAACCUCCACCUAUAGGCUUCAAGCAAUUCUCCUGCCUCAGCCUCCUAAGUAGCUGGAAUUACAGGUGUGUACCACCACGUCUGGCUUUUUGUAUUUUCAGUAGAGAUACGGUUUCACCAUGUUGGCCAGGCUAGUGUUGAAUGCCUGACUUCAGGUGAUUCAGCCUCCCAAAGUGCUGGGAUUAUAGGCAUGAACCACCGCACCCAGCCCCAGCUAAUUUUGUAUUUUUUGUAGAGACUGGGUUCUUCCAAACUGUCCAGGUUGGUCUUGAACUCCUGGGGUGAAGCGAUCCUCCCACCUGGGCCUCCCAAAGUGCUGGGAGGCCUGAGCCACUGUGACUACCUGAUAUGUCUCUUCUCUCUUGCUGCUUUCAAAAUCCUGUCUUUUGUGGGAGGGCAGCCGCCGGGCCCUGGACUUCUACGGGGUCAUCCACUGAGGACAGGAGGACCGGGCCCUGUACAGGUGGAUCAUGUGGCGGCUGCCAUGCUUGGAGCCAGUGCUCACCGAGCACUUGGCAGCUGUGGAGCUGGACGCGGGGUUGAUAAGUCCGCUGGGGGUGACAGGCUCAUCCAUGAGUGGUACUUGACGUGGCUGCAGAAGGCAGAUGUGGUCGUGGCAGGAGUGACACAACUGUCCCUGGGUAUAGGCUAUGAACUGGGCCAGGCCACAGCCCUCAAUAAGUGAAUCCUGUGCCUGCUCCAGCCGCAGUCUGGCGGAGUGCUGUCGGCCAUGAUCUGGGGAGCAGCAGAUGGUUCUGGGUUCCAGGUGUGGGACUACGGAGAGGGACAGGUGGAGGCCCUGCUGCAUGGAUAGGUUGAGGCUGAUCCUCCCGAGCAGGUUGCCUCCCCUAACCCAACCGUUGGACCUAAUCCCAUUUUAUUAAAUUCUUUUCAUCCCAGACACUGCUCUAGUACCAAUCCUGGCUCUUUGCCCCAGGAGCAAAUUAAAAGGUACAUUUAAAAUUCUAAAAAAAGAAAAAUCUGUCUUUUGACAGUGAUUAUGAUGAUGCGUAUGGCUGAAGAUCUCUUUGAGUUUACCCUACUUGGAGUUUGUUGAGCUUUUUGGAUGUACAGAUUAAUGUUUUUCAUCAAAUGUGGGAGGUUUUCAGCCAUUAAUUCUUCAACUAUUCCUUUACUCCUUUCUCCCUGUCUUCUUUCCUGGGACUCCCAUUGCGUGUAUGUCGGAAAGCUUGGCGGCGUCUCCAGGUCUCUGGAUCUCUGUGCAUUGCUCUUCAUUCUUGUUCCUGUUCCUCAGAGGGGACUACCUCAGGUGGCCUCUCUCCAUAGUCACAGGCUCUUUCUUCCAAUUGUUCUAAUCUGCUCUUGGGCCCCUGGGAUGAAUUUUCAUUUCAGUUAUUUUACCCUACAACUCCAGAAUUUUUAUUUGGUUCCUUUUUACAACUUUUUGUUUUUUUUUUGUUUUUUGGAGUAUCACUUUGUUGCCCAGGCUGUAGUGCAGUGGUGCAAUCUCGGCUUACUGCAAUCUCCAGCUCCCGGGUUCAAGCGAUUCUCCUGCCUCAGCCUCCUGAGUAGCUGGGAUUAUAGGCAUGCGCCACCAUGCUCGGCUAAUUUUUGUAUUUUAAAUAGAGGUGGGGUUUCACCAUGUUGGCCAGGCUGGUCUCAAUCUCUUGACCUCGUGAUCUGCCUGCCUCAGCCUCCCAAAGUGCUGGGAUUAUAGGCAUGAGCCACCAUGCCUAGCCCCUUUUUAUAAGGUUUAUCUCAUUAUUGAUAUUCUCUAAUUGGUAAGACAUUGUUCCCACACUUUCCUUAGUUCUUUUGACAUGGUUCUUUUCUUUUUCUUGGGAGAGGGUCUCUCUGUCGCCCAAGCUGGAGUGCAGUGGUGCAAUCAUGGCUCACUGCAGCCUCAACUUCCUGGGCUGAAGUGAUCCUCCUACCUCAGCAUCCUGAGAGGCUGGGACCAUAGGCAGCCAGCUAAUUUUUAAAAUUUUUUGUAGAGAUAGGGGUCUCACCACAUUUCCCAAGCUGUUCUCAAACUCCUGGGCUCAAGCAAUCCACCUGCCUCAGCUUCCCAGAGUGCUAGGAUUAUAGGUGUGAGCCACCGCACCAGGCCUACACGUAGUUUCUCCCUUUGAAGUACUAGCGAGGCCUGACCAUGCUUAGCUUCCGAGAUCAGCAGGUUCCAGGCGGUGCAACCUUAGAUGCAACAUGUUUUAUGUCUUUGUACAUAUUUAAAUGAGCUGAUUGAACGUUUUUGUCUAGCAAUUGCAGCAUCAGGUACUGGUCCCAUUGGUGGCUUUUCCCGUGUCUACGCCGUCCUUUCGGGUUCCUUUCCAUGUCUCAUAAUUUGUUGUUAAAACCUGGACAUUUCACGGGCGAUAAUGUGGCAACUCCGGAAGUCAGAUUCUCUUCCCUGCCCAGGGUGUGUUGUUGUUGUUGCCUGUUGGAGCUGUUUCUUUGCUGGGUGACUUUCCUGAACUAAUUCUGACUAAGCAUUAAUGUCUCCAUUGCCUGCGAGGUGUGGCCACUGAAGCCUCUCUUCAGUUACGGCAGUGGUCAGCUAAUGACUGGUCAGAGAGUUCCUUAGGUGCCUGGAAGUGAAGUCUUUGCCGAGUGUGUGCCGGGCAUGGCUUCAGUGCUCGGCUAGGCAGUGCUCAACUUUCCCUUAGCCGUCACGUGCUGUCUGCACAGCACCUCAGGUCAGUCACGGGUGAGGGCUCAGGGCCUUGCCGGCCUUCCUGAAUAUGGGCACAGCUGCAGACAGCCUUACACACGUGCAGGGCACCUAGAUUCCCAAGAAGGGGCAAGAGCUGUUCAAAACCACUACAAGCUGGACAUGGUGGCUCACACCUGUAGUGUCAGUGACUCAGGAGACUGUAAUGGGAGGAUCACUUGAGGCCAGGAGUUUGAGACCUAGCAAGACCCCAUCCCUCACCCCAAAAAAAAAAACAACAACAAAAACUCACUGUGGGCAGCUCAUGCCCCAGCUGCUGCUUUGUAACCCCAGCUGUUAUCCAUCACCACAGGCAGCUUCGAUUUUCAACCAUGGAUCUGAUGACUUUCAACAAACCUUCCUGAGAAAAUGCUGUUCCCACCAGAAGAGAUCUCAGGACAAAUGUAGACAGCCCUGGCAAGUGGGGUCUGCCUGGGAGCUAGCAGACAGGAGAAAGAGUGACAGUUCUUGGGGAAUUAGGUUUUUGUUUUGUUUUAGAGAUGGCGUUUCACUUAUCACCCAGACUGGAGUGCAAUGGUGUGAUCUUGGCUCACUGCAACCUCUGCCUCCCAGGUUCAAGCAAUUCUCCUACCUCAGCCUCCUGAGUAGCGGGGAUUACAGGCGCCCACCACCACGCCCAGCUAAUUUUUUGUAUUUUUAGUAGAGAUGGGGUUUCACCAUGUUGGCCAGGCUGGUCUCAUACUCCUGACCUCAGGUGAUCCACCCGUCUCGGCCUCCCAAAGUGCUGGGAUUACAGGCGGGAGCCACCCUGCCCAGCCCAAUUAUAGAUUUUUUAAGUUUAGGUGUUGACAGUAGCUCUUACCUCAGCCUUUUUCUCCCUCCUUGUCAUGCAGCCCACAGGGGAGAUGGUCCGGCCAGUGUGGGGGCUAAUGAAUAAAUGCUACACUGUGCCCACUCAGGUGGGUAAGGGCUGGCACUCCUCUUCCCCUGGAGUGGGGCGGCUGUGCUGGCACCCUUCGCAGACACACUAAGGGGAACUGCACCUGGAGAGGAUGGGCCAGUCGGGGAAAGACUGCUCGUCACUCAUAGCUGUGUGUCACCCCUCCCACCUCCCUCUGUGGAGACGCAAAGUCAAGAGUAGGAAGAAGCCAACCUCUGAGGUAAGGCUUCCCCUGGAAGGCCCAGGGCUGGGGCUCUCUCCUUUCAGAGCUCAGUUAGACCCAGACACACGGCAGGGAGUCCCAGGGGUAGUGGCAGGCCCCCUCCAGGAAACUCACAAGGUUACCACAGCUCAACUGAAAAGGAAGAACUUCCCAGGACUGUGACACCCCAGUGUGAGAACAGGAGGAUGAGGUGCUGUGAAGGCCUGUCUGCCCACAGUCUGCCCUCUUAUUCCUCCUGCAGGUCACAACCCCCAGGAGACCUGGAGAACUGAAUGCUGCUGCCCCCAAGGAGGAGGCUGCUGUCUUAUCCCAGGAGGGAGAGCAGG